AUGCAGAAGAACUUCGGUGGCGUACGCCGGCGCAAGGAAAUGAGCUCCCACACGCCAAAGACGAAUCCCAGCACCAACCCUUCUUUUGCGUCGGAGCAGCACUAUGCGUCACGGUCUGGCGCAAUGGACGUAGAUGGCAUCGAAGUAUCACCAUCGCCAUGGCACGGCUCCAUCUCUGGCUCAGAAGGACAGACAGUCGAAGAGAGACAAAUCGCAGACCAGGGUGCAAGACAGGCUAGAGAGCAUGUUGCCGCAAAAGAGAUAGUCUCUCCAUCACCAUCACGACGUUGUUAUUUGAUCGUACACGAAGAGCUUGCAGAGAUGCUCAAAGUCAUGCUAAGCGAGCAGCCCAAGACGCAACCAUCUGUUGAAGAGUUAGCCCAGGACUUUCUGUAUGCAACACUCACGCCGCCCGUCACAACGCAAUCGUUGAGCGAACUAGACAUGCAAAGUAUCAUUACCAACAUCAAAUUACGGCAUGACGUCAACUUUGACCGCGAUCUGAGCUUCCGACCUAACCUGGAUGGAGCAAAAGGGCAAAAGAAGGAACAAACCGCUGAUAAGUACUGGACAGCGUUGAUCGCUGAGCUGGAACUUUACAAGCGCUUGUUCCAGGGAACACCGCCGAUACCCCAGGCCAAGCUGGAACGCUUUGCUCGUGGAGCGCAACGGCGGAUUCCAGUCUUGUUCCAGACGAUUCGGGAUGUCAUCAAGAGCCUUGUUCCCGACAGUGAUCAUUCAAGAGUAGAUGAGCACCUUGAUGUUCCCCUGCUGAUGCAAGAGAUUGAGCGUGGAGUGUGUGACUUUGUACGGCUAGCGGAAUGGAUUGCCCGCCUCCUCAAGGAGCAUUGUGCCCCAAUGCGUGAUGUGUGGGUUGACGAGAUGGUGGCCCUCACAAGACAAGGCGCAGUUACACAAGAUUCAAAGCAGAUUGUUAUCGGCCUGAAGACGCUCUUUGCUAUCCUUGAGGCUAUGAAACUUGAUGUCGCCAACCACCAGAUCCGAAACCUAAGAACGCUGCUUAUCGAGGAUACAGUCAACUUCGAAAAGCACUACCAUCUGGAAAGACUCGUGAGCGGCAGAGCCAGGAUCAACGUCGAUGCUGCAAAAAGCUGGUUCACCGCUGCUGUUGAGGAGUUUGUAUCGCAAUGUUCACCACGACCAAGGGCUGGACCCUGCUUCGAGCUUGAAGUCUUUACCCGCGCAGUCACGGCUAAGUCGCUUGGCCGAGACAGACGAGGCAAUCUUCCAGAAACCUUUUUCCUCGAUAACGAUCGACUACGUGUAUUCAGAGCUGAGGUUGAUGAUCUGGUCAUGUUCGAAGUCUGCAUGGAAAUGUGCGUUGCCAUGGCAAAGCAAUUCGGGUACCAGGGACCUAUCACUCUCACUCUUGGCCAACAACUCCGCACUGCCCUCUCUGCCAUCAUGGGCGAAACCGCUGGGUACGGGGCCCAUCAGUGGAUGAUGAACUCGGAAGCUCUUUCGCUGGAGAUUUUGCGACACGCGUCUCGUCUUGCUGGACAACCAGAUGCGUAUGGUUUUGACCGCAUGGCUGACGCCAACCUGAGCUUGCGUAUGCUGUUCGUUCGCCGAACCGCUCACCAUGCUGCACGUCUCGAGACUUUGCUCCUACCACAGAUUCUCGCCAACGUCGACCGUCACCGGGCCUCAUCGCCGGUAGAUCUUUUCACCAAUCUUGUUCCUAUUUCCGCUUCUUUGCCUCCUCUACCAAAUACGUCACGGUCUGGCGUUUCUGAUGCAUUUUCGCUCGCUCACCUACAGCCAGAGACUGGCAAGUUGACAGACCUCGUUAACCGCAUCACACACAUUAUCCUACUUCACUGGCGAAUAUGGGCUCCUAUCGCAUACGUUCCAGAAGACGUGCCACACCAGUCACCCCCAGAGGAGAAUGCCACAUCAUCCCCUGCUUGA